GGAAUUGGUGCUUGCGUUCCUUCAGCGCAUGUUAGCCAACAAAUCAUACAAGAUUUAAAUGUUAAUUUUGCCCCAAAAAGAGGAACACUUCACUGAUGGAGGUUCUCGUGUCAACAGAGAAAAUAAGCGACCUAAACUUGCCUGUGUCAUCACUUCGCCUCCUGGUGCCCCCUCUGCAGCUUCUGUCUGCUGCGAUGUGGCAUCUGGCAAAGCAGAAAGCUGUUUUGAAUUAUGAGAAGCUGCAGGAGUUUGUGUCUACGGUGACAGAUGCAGUUCCUGGUCUGAUCAACCACAAACAGAGAGCCCAGCUGAUUCUUGGUCUAAGAGCCAGGUUCAUUUUGGAGUUGUGCAAAGGCUGUGCUCGAGGAGAUGUUGAUUCUCAGCUGAUCCUAAACUACUUGGCAAAGCUCCCGUUGGCAUCCACAAACUCUUAUUGUGUGGAUGCAGAGGUAAAAACAACUGAGGCUACUUUCAUUGCUCUUGUUCAGAGCCUGCUGAAAAAUCCCGUUGAGAGGGCAUAUUUCUUUCAGGAAGUGUUCCCAGUUCAGUAUGGUCCACAGUAUGAUGCAGCUCUGCAUGUGUUACUGUGGGAGUUGCUCUCAAAGUUGGAAAAGCUGCUCCCAGUACCAGACCUUAAACAGACUGCUGCCUGGCUCGCUGCUUCUCCUGCUGUUUUAGAGGAAUGUGUUAACCCGUCAUCGGAGGAGCUGAGCUCAAUGUUCAACCACUACAAAAACACCGGGCUGCUGAAAAUGACAUAUGGCCCCUCGUCCACCGUGGGAAGCUGCAUCAUGUCUGCUUUAUCAGUUCCUCCCUCACAAAAGGCAAAUAUAUCAGCUGGACCACUGACCCACGUCACUCUCGCCGGGGCGAACCAGUACAGCGUCGUGGCCAUCUAUACGGAAGUGGAGGUCAGAGCGUCUGAGGUAGAUCAGGACAAGAUGGAGUCUGCUGAGGUGCAAGUUCAGACAGAUUUCUACGAAGAGGAGAUCGUGGCUGUAAGCGCGGGCGAGAGCGCUGGUGAGGAGGCGGCCGCCGGCUUGAGGGCUGAAGAAAGCAGCGAAACUGUGCACGUCGCUCGAGCUCUGGAGACUUUGACCAAGACGUUUGCGCUAAGAAAAGAGAGCCUUGGUCAGGAUGCGAUGACGGGAAAGAGCAGCGAUUCGUCUCAGGGUGAGGAGCUGGGGUCAGAAAGGGCACCGGGGGAGAGAGGGACAGAGAACAGCCACCAAGCAAGUGUUCACCCUGAAGACGGGAGACACUGCACGGUAGAAGUCCUGUGUGACCGCAAAACCGAAGUCCCAGAUGUUAACACGGACCUUUGUACCAUCCAGAAGGAUGAUAACGAAUCUUUACCCUGCCAAGAAAUGACAGCUGUGUCCGGUGAGGCCUCUGGAAGCCAUCAGUUGGACCCAUCAGCUCAUGUGCGCAGGUCCACACGUCUGCAGACCAAGACCUCACCAAGCUGGCUGGAGAUGUGUCAAGUCCAGAGGGCUACAAGAGAAACUAGUGAAGGGUCAAAAAUGAACGUGGGUGAGGCUUCUUUUGCCCCGUCUGUGAUAGCCAUCAAAGGCACUGACAAAGGUAACUCGGACGAGAUGACAUCUAUCAUCUUCACCUGCUCACAGUGUCCUUUCCACCACUCGGAUGUCAACAGCCCUCCUCACUUCCACAUGCAGAGCGUUCACACAGAACUUUACAACAGUCUCCCGGGAGCCCAGUUUACACCAUCUCCCUCCAGCUCAGACGAAAUAUUUACAUCCAUCAAGCUCUUCCCCAAAGGCAACGCGGAGCAGUGUGAGGCGGAGGAGGUGGCCGAUCAAAGCAAAGUUGUUUCCUCCCGGGGGCUCAGCACACACAAAUCCCUCACCUGUGAAACCUGUGGGAAGACUUUCACCCGGACCUCGGACGUCAGGAGGCACCAGCUCACCCACACCGGAGAAAGGCCCUUCCACUGCUCGCACUGCCAGCGCACCUUCCAGCACUCCUGGGAUCUGGCCAAGCAUGAGAGCAAGCACCACGGCACGGCCAUCUCCUUCUCCUGCCAGCUGUGCGGCGGGUCCUUCGCCAACCUGCGGGCGCUGACCGUCCACCACAAGAGGUCCCACUCGCAGGAGAGCGGGCUGCCCCAGAUCUGCUCCAUCUGCAGCCGCGCCUUCCCCUCCGCCUCCGAGCUGCUGGAGCACCGGAGGGCCCACGUGGCCGCCAAGCGCCACGUCUGCCAGCAGUGCGGCGAGGGCUUCGACAGCCUGCUGGCGCGCUCGCAGCACCGGCAGCUCCACCGGGUCAAGCGCCACUUCAAGUGCCCCCACUGUGAAAAGACCUACACCCGCAGGUCGGACGUGAAGAGGCACCAGUCCACGCACACCGGGGAGCGGCCCCACCAGUGCGGCCAGUGCAGCAAAAGGUUCUCGCUUCGCUUUAUGCUGGUCAAACACCUCCGGGUUCACACGGGCGAGCGGCCCUUCCAGUGCUCCCACUGCCCCAAGAGGUUCACCCUGCUGUCCGUGCUGGCCAGGCACGAGCGCAUGCACACGGGCGAGAAGCCGUUCCUCUGCUCCCAGUGUGGGAAAGGCUUCCUGUCCCAGGGAGAGCUCUCCAAGCACCACAGGUCCCACGUGGACGACAGGCCCUACUCCUGCCCCCAGUGUGGCAAGCGCUUCAAGAGCAAGAAGACCCAGCAGGAGCACAUCGUCUCGCACUCCGGCGUGCGGCCGUACCCCUGCGCCCACUGCGGGAAGGGCUUCACCAAGCCGUACGCCCUGACCCGGCACAACCUGAUCCACACGGGGGAGAGGCCCUUCCCCUGCGGACACUGCGAGAAGUCCUUCCUCACGCUCAGCGAGGCCCAGCUGCACCAGAGGAUCCACACGGGGGAGCGGCCGUACCCCUGCAACGCCUGCGAGCUCCGCUUCAAGAGCUCCUCGGAGCUGGCGCGGCACAAACGCGGCCAUUCCGGGCUGAAGAGGGCCAAGCCGUUCUGCCAGCAGUGCGCCAAAACCUUCCCCUCAAAGGCCAAACUUCUGAAACACAUGGAGACACACGGGGACCACACACAGUCUGCAGACUCCAAGGAAUCGAGUAAUGAAUGA